CGGAAAAUUUUAUGUAAGCUGAAAGCCCGGCCUAAAUGAGUCAUCCUCUGUCUUUUUAAUUGAUUUCCCCCCUUCAAGGUUCAAUGUUUUCUGGGUUUUCAGAUUCAAACAGUUUACGAAGCUUCAAGACCGAAUUAUUGAAGUUAAAAUCCGCAAAACCUUUUCAUAAUUUCUAGGUUUUCUCUUGAAGAAGAUGGAUAUCAUUUCCCAAUUACAAGAACAAGUGAAUUCAAUAGCAGCCCUAGCUUUCAACACUUUCGGUACACUGCAACGAGAUGCUCCACCCGUUAGGCUCUCCCCUAGUUACCCAGAACCGCCUCCCAGUACCACCGAGGACCCAACCAAUUUCGCCGAACAACCUAAGCUUAUGAGUGCCGCUCUUGUCAAGGCCGCUAAACAGUUUGAUGCGUUGGUUGCCGCGCUUCCGCCUUCGGAGGGAGGUGAAGAAGCUCAGCUUAGAAGGAUUGCUGCACUACAAGCUGAAAAUGAUGCUGUGGGUCAAGAACUUCAGAAGCAACUGGAGGCUGCUGAGAAGGAAUUGAAACAAGUUCAGGAGUUAUUCACUCAAGCAGCAGAUAAUUGUCUGAACUUAAAGAAACCAGAUUGAAGUCCUUUAUGCAAAGGUUUAUUGUAUACUUAAGUUCGUAUAAAACUGCUUCAUCUGGACUUUGAUUCUGCACUAAAAUUCAAUCAAUGUACUCUUUCUAUA